UAUACGCGCCUUACCGGUCGGCCCCUUCAGUGCGAGUCCGGCUUCCGUGAGCCGAGCAACCGAUCGCGCGUGCGCACUUCCGAUUUCCCAGAGUGCACACGGAACGGCUGUGUGACGUGAAUUCAAUCGUUCCCUAUACUCCGCGAGAAUUAAAAACCGAUAUAGAGGGAAAGGAAUAAAAUCGGUAAGGCAGAAAAAAGGCGCAGUGUUCGCUACGAGCGAUCGGCUUGCGCAAAAACAGCCGUGGGGAAGAAGAGGAAGAAGAAGAUGAGGAAGAACGGCCGAGUGGCAUGCGGAUCAUUGGCUGGUUAAAUUGCCGGCGAAGAAGUCGAGUGAGCGAACGCAACGACGGCGGCUCGAAUCGAUACCCGGAGAGAAAUCGUGCGCCGCCGAAAGCCUCGCAAAAAGGAAGAGCUGCUGCAUCUCGCGGGAUCUUUGACACUCGAAUCUGCAUAUAAAUUCGAUUUCGGAAGGGGGGAAGAAUUGAUAUCGCUAUCGGAAAAGAAGAAGAACUCAUAUCGGCCGAUCGAUUAACCGAGUCCGUGGAAAAUCGGCCGCGGUGGAAAGCCAGCGUGAUAAAUUCGAAAAACCAGGCGUAAAACUACAAAUUAACGGUACGGAUCAGUAGCAGAAAUGCUCGCCGCUGAUAGCGGGGCCGCCGCCGAGAGAUGCAACGCCGCCGAUGAGAACCGGCGCUUGUAGGAGCUGCCGCUCACGUCACAAGCUCUCUCGCUCUGCGGGGAUUAAUCGACCUCUGACGACCACGAGGCCCAGGGCUCAGGAUGCGGUGGAUCGGUUACGUGGCUGCGAUACUCUGGUGGUCGGGUAUCGCCAGGUCCCUCAGCUCCAUGAAUCGAGGCUACAAGAUCAGUCCGAAGCCGUGUCGCGUAGCGGGUCAGUCAAACGUCGAGGGCACCUGCAUGUUCGUCUGGGAUUGCAUCAAGUCCGAGGGCACCCACGUGGGCGUCUGCGUGGACACCUUCAUGUUCGGCAGUUGCUGCGUCCACAACGCGACGUCCAACAGCAUAGGUAGCACUGGCCACCAGACGUCCGGAGGUAGCAGCAGUAGUAUUAGUAGUGGUAAACCCGCGGCUAGGCCGUCGCUGACCGAUGCUCUGGCCGAAGGGACCACGACGAUAAGGACGACGACGUUGGGGACGGCGCUGUCGAGGCCGUUGGCGUCGACGACGCAUCAACACGGGUCGACCGGACCCGCUUCUACUAGUCAUAUCACGGCAUCGCAGGCCGGAUCACAAGUACACACAUCAUUAUUAACAACGAAGCAACCGUCGAGGCCGUCAUCCUCGGCGAUAGCAUCGCGACCCCACCUCCAGAAGAGGCCACAUUCAAAACCCAACAAUAGUCCGGAUCAAGACUACCACGACCAUCAACAGCAGCAUCACAACUCGCAAAACACGAGGAGGCCUCAGAACGGCAUUGGCUCGAGCUACCUCGAGAAACGACCGGAGGAGGACCGACAUCACAGCAGUCACUCCCACCACCAUCAUCACCACCAUGGCUUUAAAGAUAAAACUUCAAACUCCCAUAAUACUCUGCUGGUCAGGUUACCUAACAAAAAUAGCAAUGUCCAGCAAGGCCAGUCGAGUAAAAACCAGAACCAAAGGCCCCAUCAUCCCAGGCCUGGGUAUGGGCCCAGACCUUCUUACCAGGACUCGAGACCGGAAGAAGAUGGAAAGACGGACGAGCAGGCGCAGGAUCUCAGUGUACAGGAGACGGUGCAUAGGCCGAGCAUCAAUUCGGUGGACGAUAACGGAGCCUCGGAAAAACUGAACAACCCUAGCAUCAACCUGAUUCACACCGAACGACCCCAGUGGGCUACAAAACCAGCUUCGUUGCAUGGCAGGCCCACAUCUUUGGAAUACUCAAAGCCGUACUUCUCGGUGAAGACCACCCCCACGAGCACGACCUCAACGACGACAACUACGACGACGACGACGACGCAACGGCCCUCGCACUUGGCUGGACAGUCGUCGAAACCCAUAACCACGACCGUAUCCACUUCGUACUACAGUGGACAGUCGACCAGCGCAGCCGGAUCCGUGCCCCAGACGGCCCACUGGCAGGUAACGACGGAGCCGGCCUUCGUCACGAGGCACAAGCCCUCGGCCGCCUCGUCCUCCUCCUCGUCGUGGACUCACAAGCCGCACAAGCCCCAGUGGACGGAUCCCCAGAGGCCGAGCUUCAAACCCACCGAGCCCCAGGAGAACAACGUGUACCAAAAGCCCCACUCGGCGCACUACAUAACGACGUCCUACUUGGAGACGCCAACGAAGCCUCGGCCGACGAAGAAGACGACGACGUCGACCACCACAUCGACGACGACCUCGACGACGACGACGUCCACGACCACCUCGACGACGACACCUCGACCCUCGACCUCCAGCACGACGUCCUCGUCUUCGACGGAAACGAGCACGGAGACGUCCCCCGCGAGGACGGGCUCGGUGUUGACUGUACCGGCGGCUCCGGAGAAUAGCGACAUGUCCUGCGGUGUGCCGGCUCUCUUUCCACGGCCGGAGACCAGGAUAGUCGGCGGGAAGGAGGCUAGCUUCGGAAAGUGGCCCUGGCAGGUGUCCGUCAGGCGGACGUCCUUCUUUGGGUUCUCGAGUACACACAGGUGCGGCGGGGCUGUGCUGAACGAAAAUUGGAUUGCUACGGCUGGUCACUGCGUCGACGACUUGCUGACGUCGCAAAUCCGGAUACGAGUAGGCGAGUACGACUUCUCGUCGGUGCAGGAGCGAUUGCCUUACGUCGAGAGAGGCAUCACGAAAAAAGUCGUGCAUCCGAAGUACAACUUCUUCACCUUCGAGUACGACCUGGCGCUGGUCAGGCUGGAGACGCCACUGUCUUUCGCCCCGCACAUAUCGCCCAUCUGUCUACCGGCCAGCGAUGAGCUGCUCAUCGGCGAGAACGGGACCGUCACUGGCUGGGGUCGACUCAGCGAGGGAGGCACACUGCCUUCGGUUUUACAGGAGGUUUCCGUGCCAAUCGUAAGCAACGACAGGUGCAAGUCAAUGUUCCUCAGAGCCGGCAGGCACGAGUUCAUCCCCGAGAUAUUCCUGUGCGCUGGCUACGAAACAGGUGGUCAAGAUUCUUGCCAGGGCGACUCUGGCGGUCCACUGCAGGUUCGCGGCAAGGACGGCCGUUACUUCCUCGCGGGUAUCAUCUCCUGGGGCAUCGGCUGCGCCGAAGCCAACUUACCCGGAGUCUGCACGCGGAUAUCCAAGUUCGUGCCCUGGAUCCUGAAGAACGUAACCUGAGACGACCCAAGUCCAUCAGCAGCCAGAGCUGAGUAGGAAUCGAACUGGACCUCGUCCUUUGCUUAGUGAAAGAAAUAGGGGAUCGGUCGACGAAGCGCUGCUCCCGAGGGAGAGACGAUCGACCGAGAGACUGUUGUGAUGCAGCAGCGAAAGAGAAGUGAAAAUACUCGCUGAGUUGAGCGCGAGGCUCGAGAGUCACUGCCGACGAUUUUGUAUUUAUAUAUACAUAUGAAUAGAAUUAAUAUAUUCGCAUAGGCGUUAAUCUAGAGAUAGUGAGGAGUGUUUGGAUUGUAUGUGUGUGUGUGUGUUGUGUGUGAAAUGAGUCCUAUCUCAUGGCGAAUCGUUGAAAUUCACCUUCUAGACCAAUGUUUAUCAUCGACGAAUGUACUCGAGUCGAAAGAGACAGUAUUUUCAAUCGUCACGAUGGCAGCAUCAAAGUCCGAGUUAUUCUAAGAGAAUCAAUUUCUAUGCAUUGAAAAUACGGCAUUAUAUACGUGUAUCCUCCAAUCAAAAAGAUUCCUUUGAUCUUUCAAGACGAAAAAAAUAAAAUUACGAAAGCAAUUCAUUCACACUUUUGAUACUAGUCGCCGCAUGAUCAAGGUAGGAUUUUCGUUUGUAUAGCGCAAAAUGUUUUAUAAAUGCUUGGAUCUUGCCCAUUAUUAUUACAAUUACUAUCUCCGUUAUUAUAAUAUCUUAUAUACUAUUGCUACUCGUAUUGCUAUGCAUUUUCCCUCGCGUAUAUUUGUUUUUACGCGUUCCCAUCUUUUUUUUUUAUAUCGUGCUUUUUCUCGUUGUACCGUACAUAUACGAUGUAUACAGUGUUACACGAAAUGUGAAAUACAUUCCACUCGUGCUUUCCGCACUUUUUUACAUUUUUUAAUAUUGCCCCCGCGCGAAGCAGUUCUUUUGCGACCUCCUUACGUUUUUAUGCCUUUUGUAUUCUACGUGUUAUUUUGUACAAAGCGAAAUCGUACCCAACUCGUAUAUAUACUUCAUACCGCCCACGAAAUGGAAAAAAUGCGCGAAGCUAAUUUAAGAGAAGACACUAUUACAGAUAACUAUUUAUAGUAUACAUAUAAUAUACGUUUGUUUAUAGAGCUUGAAUUUGUUAUUUAUAAGUAUUGCCAAAUAAAUGCAAGUUGAUUAUUGGAUUUUAUAAUUUAUCAAUAGUUCUCCCCAUUACGAGACGCUGUACGAGUAUAAUUUAUAAUCGUAAAUUAUUGUACUGUAAUUAAUAAACUUAUGAUUGACGCUUGCAAUAAACAUGAUUAUCUUAUCGUUAA